AUGCGUCCAGCGCUCUCUUCUUUUUCACGUACUCAGGCACAUUCACGGCUUACUCUUCUCCGAGCCAACAGAAUCUCACAAAGACGUCAUGUUGGAACAUCGACAACCCCAACUCGUACGCCUCCGCCACAUUCCCUCUUGCCAACGGGGAUGCUGCUGAGAUCAUUGCUCAUUGCAACGAUAUCCAGCAAUCGGAUUCUCCUUACGCCCUCCCUAGCUAUACUGUCCUUCUUCACCAAACCCCACUCGCCUCUUUUCAGUGUCGACAAGAACCCCAUACUCAAUGCCCUCUUCAAGUCCACCAUAUAUCGACACUUCUGCGCUGGUGAAGACGUGCCCGAAGUUAAAAACACCAUCGACAGCAUCAAGGACAUGGGAUUCAAGGGUGUGAUCUUGACAUAUGCUCGGGAAGUCGUCGUUGAAGCUUCCGGGGAGCAGGAAGUUGGUGUCGGAGUCAAGGAACUCAAAGAAGAAGGUAUUCAGGCGCAAGAGCCAACUUUCGAUGAAGGAAUUGAAGCAUGGCGACAGGGCGUCUUGGAGACCGCUUCCAUGCUUGAGAAAGGUGAUUUCUUAGCACUCAAGUUCACUGGAGCUGGAGUUGGAGUGAUGCAAGCAUUAAAGGACCAGACCCCUCUUCCGAAACAGAUGCAGGAUUCUCUCGACGCCGUCUGUCAAAGGGCUAUAGAGCGAAAGGCAGGCAUACUCAUCGACGCCGAACAGCAAUUCGUGCAGUCUGCGAUUGAUGGCAUUGCGCUCGGCCUCAUGCGUAGAUACAACCGCGAACAAGCAAUCGUUUACAAUACAUACCAAGCCUACCUGAAGUCGACACCAUCCACCCUUCUCGACCAUCUUCACUGUGCCAAGGAUGAGGGCUUUACUAUUGGUGUCAAGCUGGUACGAGGCGCUUACAUGAACUCGGAGCCCCGGGGGCUGAUCCACGACACAAAGCAACAGACCGAUGACUCGUACAACAGCAUCGCAGAGGGCUUGCUGCAGCGUCGAUACAAGGAUCUCGGACCUGACACUACUAGCGGCUUUCCCAAGGUGGACCUGUUCCUCGCCACGCACAACAAGCAGAGUGCGCUGCACGCCUACCAGGUGCAGCAGCAACGCGCCGAAGCGGGAUUGCCAUUGACGAAGGUCCAGUAUGGGCAGCUUCUCGGCAUGGCAGAUGAGGUCAGCUGCACGCUACUCCAGCUCGCAGCGGACCCCAGGACGAACCUCCCCGCGUCUCCGGAGGCCUACAAGUGCUUGAGUUGGGGAACUCUGGGAGACUGUAUCUCAUACUUGUUCCGUCGGGCGGUGGAGAACAGAGACGCCGUUUCAAGAACAAAGGUCGAGUACCAUACUUUGAGAAAGGAGGUCUGGAGACGACUCAAGAAGGCAAUUACGUUUGGAGUAGCCGGUAGAUACUAG